AUGGCUACCUCCUACGACAACAGUAACAGAAGCACGCCAGCUAACAUCAACCUCAUCAAUAUUGAGAGUAUCGACUCAACAGAACCCAGCAUCACCUACUCGAGGGAGUCCGGACCCAGUCGAAACCACAAACUGCAUCUAGGAGGGCAUAGCCGAGACGGCUCCGCAAACCCCCUCAUGAAGCCACCGAGCGAAACAUCAUCCAACCACGAGGACAGCGACGAAGACCUACCUCUCGGCCAAGCCAUCCGCCGAUACCCAAAGUUCGUAGCAUACGCCCUCUCGCUCACCAUCAUCGUCCUCGGAUGGGGCUACGCCCUCGUCAUCGUCGGCACAAUCGUCGCAGUCGAGUCCUUCCAGCACGACUACGGCGAAGUCCUCGACGGCGAGUGGAUCAUCCCGGCACUCUGGGUCUCCCUGUGGUCCGCAGCCAUCCCUCUGGGCAUGGCCUUCGGCUCCGUCUUCGCGGGAUGGUACCAAGACCGCGUCGGACGCCGUGUAAGCCUGAGAACGGGGAGUGUCAUCUGCGCGGUCGGCGUCGCGGGCAUCUUCUUCUCGUACAUCCCAUCCGACAUCACCGCCAUGCGAUCCAUGUUCUUCGUCGGUAAGACUGUCCAGGGCUUCGCCAUCGGCAUCCUCAAAGUCACCGCCCUGACGUAUAUCUCCGAAACCGCACCGACGUCGCUCCGCGGCUCGGCGCUAGCUCUCGUGCCGACGGGUAACCUCGUCGGCCAGCUGAUCGGAUCGAUCGUGCUCUUCGUCUUGAACACGUAUCCGGGACGGGCCGGAUAUCUCGCCUCCUUCGGAUCCCAGUGGACGUUGGGCGUCUUGCCCUUCGCGCUUUCUCUCAUUCUUCCGGAGAGCCCGGCGUACCUGGAAGAGAAGGGUCAUUCGGAGAAGGCUCUCGAGUCUGCACGCAAGCUCUAUGCUCCCCGUGCUGACGCUCUCCGAGCUCUCCAGAAGAUCCGGGCUAGUAUCUUGGAGGAGAAAGAAAACUCCUCGGGCGCCACUUACUUGAGCUGUUUCCAAGGCACCAACCGCCGCCGAACCAACAUUGUGAUUCUGGCCAACCUGCUCCCCGCCAUGUUCGGACUCGACCUCAUCUCCAAGUCGAGCUACUUCCUCCAGACCCUCGGCAUGAAAUCGAGCAUAAGCCUGAUGAUCCUCAUCGGCGGCAUCGUCGCCGGGACAAUCGCCAAUCUCGCCGGGCUGUGGAUCCUGUCCCGCGUCGGCCGGAGAAAAGUAUCACUCAUCUCUCUAAUCGCAACGACCGUUCUCUGGGUCGGUGUGAGCAUUUCCGGAUUCUGGACAGGUCCGGCGGUCGCGUACUUCACGGCCGGCGGAUGUAUAGCCAUUGUCAUCAUCUGCGGCAUGGGUGUCUGGCCCGCGGGUUAUGCCAUCAUGGGCGAGAGCAGCUCCUUGAGGUUGCGGGCUAAGUCUCAGGGCGUAGGGAGUGUGGUGCAGCAGGCUUCUUCUGUUGUGAUGAAUAUCGUCCUCCCGUACGCCUUCAACAAGGAUGCCGGACAUCUGGGAGCCAAAACCGGGUUUAUCUUUGUCGGACUGUGCGCGAUCGCCGUUGUGGUUUGUUUCUACUAUCUACCGGAGAUGAAGGGUCGGAGUGUGAUCGAGAUUGAUCGCAUGUUUGAGCUUAGGCUUCCUGCUCGCGAGUUCAAGCAUUGGAGGGGAGAUGAGGAAGAGUCGGCAUAA